CUUUGGCAAUUUUAGAGGAAAAUCGCCAUCUCUCUCUCUCUCUCUCUCUCUUUCUCUCUCUGCGCGAUUCUUGAAUUUGCUCGCAUGGGCUCGGCGGCAGCUGCGAGGAAUUACUGAUCCCGGGCGAGCGCAUCCGGCGGACGCGCGGCGGCGAGGUAAGCGUCGGCCCGAAGUCAUCCCUCCUCGUUCGAGGUUUCGGAGCUUCCGUGGUGGUGCGGGCUUCCAGAUCUGUCGUUGCUUCGAUUCUGUUUGUAUGUUUUUCUUGUUACUGUCCGGGAGAGGGAGAGGGAGAGGGAAUUGAGGCUUCUUGUCGGUUCUGGGGUUCUGGGUGGUGAUGGGUUUUGAAGUUUAGGGCUUCGGUUUGGUGGGUGGGACUGAGUGCUCGUCAUGGAGGAGAGUAGCAGGAGAUCUGUGGAGCGGUCGGGGAUAGUGCUGAAGAAGCGGAGCUCCUCGGGGUGUUUGAUCGUGAGGAAGAAGAGGGAUGGGGUCGGCGGGGUCAGCGGGGUUGGCGGGGUGGGUGCCUCGCAGAGGAAGAGGCCGAGGCCGGUCAUGAGCGAUUCGGGGUCGAGCGACGAGCUCUCCCCGGCGCGGCCGCGCAGGCUGCCGGUGGGUGCCGAGACGAUUCGGGUGUGUAAUGGAUUGGGUGUCCCGAGGAAGGGCGUUCCGGAAGGGAGCGAUGGGGUCGGUCGGAAUGGGGAGGGGAAGAGAAGUAGGUUGGAUGUGUUUGAGUUUGAUGAGUAUGAUGGGAUUGAUGGCGAGGGGAUGGGGGGCAGGGGAUUUGAUGAUGGUGGGAUGGAGUCGUCGGGAAGGAGAUUCCUGGGCUCACCUCCCAUGGCUCGGAGUGGUGUUAAUAGGGACUUCGCCAGUAGUUCAAGUAGGCAGACUGUUGUUGAGAGGAGAAAGAAUAUUUAUAUUGAUGAGACAAGUAGCUUUGGUAGGGAAGAUGGCAGGGGUAAAAGUAGGUAUCAGAUGAAGCAGGAAAGCGGUCGAAUUCCUAUACAGAUGUUGAGAGAAAAAUAUGGUGGCCGUCCAGACGAGGCCAUCAGGGUUCAGGGUAAAAAUGGUGUUCUGAAGGUGCUGGUUAACCCGAAGAAAAAAGUAGGUGGGCCUGUGAGAAAUCUUGAUCGGUGGGAUGAACGUCGGAAAGUUUCUGUAGGGGAAGGCAGGAAAGUUUCUAUCUCUGAAGAUACUAGCCAUAAUGUCACAUCCCGUCCUACAGCAUUUGCUGAGAUUAGAAGGAAUGAGAUGCGGAAUCCGACAAUUAAGAUGGAGAAAAAUAAGCUGAAUGUGCAGAAAACUGUGUCUGCUAAGAUCAAGAAGCCUGAUGACUGGGAAUCAGAGGACAGUGAUAUAUCUCCAACACCGUCACGGAGGAAUGCAGAUAUACGAGACUCAGUUACAAGAGUCAGCCGCGAAAAAGAAAAGUCCCCACAAUCUAAAAUAAGCCAUGAAAGAGAGAAAUCCCCGCAAUUGAAAAUCGGCCGUGGAAAGGGAAAACCCCGACAAGCUAAAAUAAGCCGUGAAAAAGAAAAAUCCCCACAGCCUAAAAUUGUUGCACGGGCCAAGUCACCUGAAACACCUGUUCCAAGUGGUCCCAAAGAAGGAAAAGUGAAGCGUGGCAGUGGCACGGAGAAGCAAAAACUCAGAGAACGUAUAAGAGAGAUGCUACUGAAUGCAGGGUGGAAAAUUGAUUAUAGACCUAGAAGGAAUAGAGACUAUCUAGAUGCUGUCUACAUUAACCCCACAGGGACAGCUUACUGGUCUAUCAUUAAGGCAUAUGAUGCACUUCAAAAGCAACUCGACGAUGACAAUGAUGAGGGAAAGGCAAGUGAGGAGCGGUCUGCUUUUCUUAUAUCAGAUGAUACUCUCGGCCAACUAACAAGGAAAACCCAGAAGAAGAUGGAGAAAGAAAUGAAGAUGAAAGAAAGAGAAGGCGCUGGAAGUGCCAAUGCCAGACAAGCUGCUAUUAGGAGAAACUCCAAGCCAAAGCAUGAAGAAGAGAGCAUGGACAGUGAUAGUGAGGAAGAAAAAUUAAGCUCCUUCAUAGCAGGGGGUAAGUCAUCAAAGAAAGGUCCUGUUCAUAAUAUGCACAGCAGUAUUGAGAAAGGCACAUCUGAUUCCAAUGUUCACCAAGUACAUGGAAGAAAAGGCAGAAAACUAGGCAGAUGUACUUUACUGGUCCGCAGUUCUGAGAAGGGGCUGAACUCAGAAGGUGAUGGUUUUGUUCCCUAUACUGGUAAAAGAACCCUGCUUUCAUGGCUGAUUGAUUCUGGGGUUGUGGAGCUGAGCCAGAAAGUACAGUAUAUGAACCGUCGAAAAACACGAGUGCUAUUGGAGGGAUGGGUUACAAGAGAUGGCAUCCAUUGUGGCUGCUGUAGCAAAAUCCUCAGUUUGUCAAAGUUUGAGAUCCAUGCAGGCAGCAAACUCCGCCAGCCAUUUCAGAACAUACAUCUGGAUUCUGGUGUCUCCCUUUUGCAGUGCCAGAUCGAUGCAUGGAAUAAGCAACUGGAGUCUGAACGUGGGGGAUUCCAUUCUGUGGAUGCUGAUGGGGAUGAUCCAAAUGAUGAUACAUGCGGCCUUUGUGGAGAUGGUGGAGAUUUGAUAUGUUGUGAUGGUUGUCCAUCCACCUUUCAUCAGAGCUGCUUAAACAUACAGAAGCUUCCUCCUGGGGACUGGCAUUGUCCUAACUGCACAUGCAAAUAUUGUGGAGUAGCCAGUGAAUGUACUUCACAUGUUGAUGAUGGAGCUGUCAGUGAAAUCUUUGCGUGCGACCUGUGUGAGAAAAAAUAUCACAAAUCAUGUCUUGAGGAAACAGAUACGUUUCCUUUGGACUCUGAUAGCACAGGUCAUUCUUUUUGCGGUCAGAAAUGUGAAGAGCUCUUUGAACAUCUUCAGAAGUAUCUUGGAGUCAAACAUGAACUAGAAGGUGGAUUUUCAUGGUCUCUCAUUCGUAGGACGGAUGCAGAGUCAGAUAUGUCUCUUCGAGGGCUUCCUCAGAGGGUGGAAUGCAACUCCAAGCUAGCGGUGGCGCUUACGAUAAUGGAUGAAUGUUUUUUGCCUAUUGUUGACCGGAGAAGUGGGAUAAAUAUGAUUCAUAAUGUUCUUUAUAACUCUGGAUCAAACUUCAAUAGGAUUAACUAUAGUGGGUUUUACACUGCUAUAUUGGAGAGGGGUGACGAAAUUAUCUCUGCAGCAUCACUCAGGUUUCAUGGGACCCAGCUAGCAGAGAUGCCUUUUAUUGGGACACGGCAUAUUUAUAGGCGUCAAGGGAUGUGCCGUAGACUAUUUUCUGCCAUUGAGUCGGCUCUGCGAUCGCUCAAAGUUGAGAUGCUGAUUAUCCCUGCUAUAUCUGAACUUAUGCACACCUGGACUGUUGCCUUUGGUUUCUCUCCUCUUAAGGAGUCACUUAAGCAGGACAUGAGGUCCUUGAAUAUGUUAGUAUUCCCAGGUUUAGACAUGUUGCAGAAACUGCUUCUUGAACAAGACACUGUCGCGGGCUCAAAAGAUGCCAAGUCCAUGGAAAUGGAAAUGGAAAUGGACAAGCAAGCUACUGCCCCUGAACCUGAUGAUAUUUGUCAGCAUGAUGAUCCUGGUGAGCAUUCUGGUGAGGAGGGUGAUAAAGCAGAUAUCAUGGACUGCGAUCCAAAGUCUCAGGAUGUUUCCCUGGAUGAUGCUUCAACAGGGAAUGGCUCGUCUCAUGAUGCUUCAGAUGAAAGGCUUAAAGAUUCUGAUCCUGAUUUGGCUGACAAGUCUGCUGAAUCUGAUGUGGAUCACAUAUGUUCUGCUCCAUGUGAUGCUGAAAUAGAAGCUUGUAAGGUGGAAGACAAAUCAAUGCCAGCUUUGCCAUUUCAAGUUGGUGUUCAAUCCACUACUGAAGAUGGUUAUACCGAUGAUUCCCCAGAAGCUGAAGCUGGUGUUGCAUGUAAGAAGUAUGCUAGUAAUUCAGAAGUGAAACCUGUGAAGAUUCUUAAGGGGAUCAAUGGAACUUCAGAUGCUGCUUCUAAUUGUGGUUCUUGUGCCAUAAAUGGAAGUCAGGUGUGUCCCCUGCUUUCUGAUGUCAGCCGUAGCAAAUCUGGGAUGGAUGAUAAGUCAUUGUCAGAUUCCUGUGUCGUGGGUGAUUUUCAGAAUUCAGGUUGUCUAACCAAUGUCAAUGAGGAAAAAAGGGAUAUUUCAGCAGAGAAUGUAACUGAGGGUGCAGAUGGCAAAUCAAGAGAUGCUCCUAGUAUUCACCAGUUCGAGGAAAAUCUGAUAUCAGUAAAUUCAAAAGCAGAUGACCAAAUCAGUUAUGGAAAGGAAAACAUGAUUGAGUUCAAUAAUGAUGAGUUACUUUCUCAUGCAGACAUGGAAGUAGAAAAUAAAUCAUUGUUGAGUUUUCCAUCUAAAGGUGAGUCCUUGGAUGAGACUAACUGGGAUGCUUGCAGCGGGAGCAGUCGGUAUGACAAUGCUGAUGCAGAUGUCAAGGAUUCACUAGUUGAGCCUUUUGCAACUUCAGAGGAAAAGCAGGAUACUAUCGAAAUCUGGAAGGAGGAGAAUGCAGAAGAUGCUCCUGUCUCUACUGUGGUUUCGAUUCAAUCAUCAGAGGAAGCAGAGGACUUAAGGAAAGUUAUAACCAUGGAGGAGAAUUGUCAAGGUGCUUCUGUAUCUGAUGUGAAUUCAUUGCAGAUCAAGUCUGAAUCAGAUUGUCCAACUACAGUGGGAGAGGAGAACACAUCAGUCGAAACAAUUUAGCACCAGAUGCAGCAUAGUUGAAGUUAUUUUUCCGUGUGAUUGAAGCGACAAUGUUCUGCAGCUGGGAACUGAAUCUUCUUUGAUUUAAUCUCAAAUCUGAUUCAGAGGCUGCUGUUCUUAAGAUAUUCGAGGGUCAAUCAUCACACUGCAUGCUGGAUUUGCUUCUGUAGUUGAAUAUCCUUGGGACAAGUCUGAGCCAAUUGUUAUUUGAUUCUGAUACUGGAUGUUAUUGACAGUGGCUAACUGGCGUAGGGUGUUGGUGCAAAUAGGAAAUAGCACCCUGGAUUUGGUGAGAUUCAUGGUACUUGCAACGUGAGAACCUACUCCACCAUCACAAAUUCUUGGUACUCUCUCCGUACAUUUCUACAUUUCUGUCACUGGUUCUGGAUGUUCAUCAAUGAUGACGAUUUUGUCUGGGAUGAUAAUCUGACAAGGUAACUCUAAAGGUUUGGUUUGCUUGGUCAAAACAACCAUUCUAUUGUUCAUGCUAGUGACUGUUAAAGCAGAAUUGUCUCUGCCAGAAGGGAAUUAGCCAUUGCAGUAAAACGAUAAUAUUGAUGGACUGGGAUCGGAAAGGCACGGUGCUUUCAGUAGAUAUAUAGGAUAUGUGGUCUUGCUUCCUCAUGGUGUAUAUAUCCUAAUCUUUUAGCUGCUUUUUUCCUGUGUUAUUGUGUCUUACGAGUGAUGAUUCAAUACAACCCUCGUUGCCCGGCAUUUGCUACAUAAUUUUUGCAAUCAGAACUGCUCCAGUUGCCUGUGCAUUUGGUGCCAUGGGUUUAUCUCAGUCUAGUGUAAUCAUCAUUCCUGAUUUGGCAACCAAGACAGGUUUAUGGUAUUCAUCUGUUCUGCGGAGUGCAGCUACAUUGGAUUCAAUUGAUGUUAACUCCCACAGCGAAGGUCAAGCUUCUCUUUUCUAUUUUUUAGUGCAUAUAGUUUUGACUCUUCAAUCAGGGGUUCAGAAUACGCGUUAGCGCAGGAAUCUAAUUGUGAGGUUGCUCGAUUGAAUGAUAUGAGCAACCCAUUUGUGUAGACUGUAAAACAGUUUAUUUUUGCUCAUCGCGUGGGUUAGGUUUGUCUUCCACUUCAAAUUUUCGGUAGUUGGUUUUGAUUCUGAUAUGAGUGUACUCCUUGAAAUGGUUCUUUGAUUGUAGUUGCCAGUCUCCUUUGUAGACAAUAAUUGAUGAAACUUGAAAUCUCGCCAUAUGUGGUUCUGAGUAAAUUGUUGCUUCUGUGCUCUCAA